AUGGCCGCGGAUGGUUCUAUCAUCAAAAUUACGGCAAAAACGCCAAGUAGCAAGUAUGAAGUUGAGCUUUCUCCAGAUUCCACAGUUUCGCAAGUUUGUCCGCUUCAUAUCGAUUGAAAUGCAAUGAUUAUUUUCAGCUGAAGAAUGCACUUGUCGGAAAGGUACCAAAUGCCACAAAAGAGCAAUUAUGCAUAAUCUACACCGGAAAGAUUCUGAAGGACGAAGAAACGCUCGCCCAACACAGUCAGUUUCAAGUUUUCCACGCUCGUUCUUCAAUUCGAUCAUUUAUAGAAAUCACCGAUGGCCACACUGUUCACUUGGUAGUUAGGGAUAAGAAUAGAUCGGCCGCAUCUACCGCUCAGACCGCCACCCCGGCCGUCUCGACUGCUCAGGCCGCCACUCCGAAUGUGUCUCAGACAACCAACACAUCUACUCCGAAUCCAACUCCGAAUGCAUUCAAUCCGUUUGGGAUUGGUAUGGGAGCGUCGCCGGCCGACAUUAUGAACAAUCCAGACGCAAUGCGUACGAUGAUGGACAAUCCGAUCACUCAGUCCCUUUUGAACAAUCCCGAGUUCAUGCGCACGAUCAUCUCGUCGAACCCUCAGUUCCAGAAUUUGAUCGAGGUAAAACAGCAUUUCAAACCUUUUCACGUCUGUAUAAGUUGUAUAACACAUUUUUAUUUUCAGAGAAACCCCGAAGUGGGACAUAUUCUCAGUGACCCGAAUAUCAUGCGCCAGACGAUGGAGAUGAUCCGCAAUCCGAACAUGUUUCAGGAAAUGAUGCGCAAUCACGAUCAGGCAAUUAGAAACCUCCAGGUACUAGUGUCAUAUCUACAUUGGAAUUCUUGAGCAACAUAUUUUCAGGGAAUUCCGGGAGGAGAGGCCGCUCUCGAAAGACUUUACAACGACGUCCAGGAGCCGUUGCUGAACAGCGCUACGAAUUCGCUCAGCGGAAAUCCGUUUGCUUCCCUCAGAAGCGAACAGCCCAACCGUGCGUUUAUGGCGUUCACUGCUACGUCAUACCGUAUUUUUCAGAGCCGCGAGUUGAUCGUGCCGGCCAAGAAAACAACGAGGCUCUUCCGAAUCCAUGGGCUAGCAACAGCCAAGCAGCCGGAGCCGACAACACUCGCAGCACCGAUUUUGGAAGUUUGUCGUACGUCAAUAACCCAAAAACGAAUAUUCACAUUCCAGACAUGAAUCCAUCGCCAAUGAAUUCCAUGAUGGAGCAGAUGAUGUCGGACCCGAGCAUCACGGCGAGCAUGUUCAAUCCGGAGGUGAUGAACGCGAUCCGUCAGAGCAUUGCCAGCAAUCCGAGUAUGCUGGAAUCAAUCAUCGGUCAAAUGCCGGCAGGAGCCCCGGGAAUGGCGGAAGGACUCCGCAACCGUCUGCCUGAAAUGCUCGGCAUGGUAGAGUCGUGUAUUAAGAGCAGAAAAACACCAGUGAACCGUUUUAGAUGUCUUCUCCAAUGGCACAGGAAGCUUUCAGGAACCCACGGGUUCUUGAAGCUUUCCAGCAGAUUCAAUCCGGAUUUGCCACGUUGGGAAGAGUGGCUCCGGAGUUUAUGCAGUAAAAAUGACAUCUAAGUUACCUAGAAUACCCGUAAAUUUCCAGACAACUUUUGCAAGGCAAUGUUUUCCCAGGAAUGCCUGGCUUCCCUGUUGUUGGUGCUCCAGCCGCUGAAGGAGCUCAGCAACCUCCAGGGUCAGUUUCAAACUUUGCAUUCUGAAAUAAACCCUCUUUCUUGUUUCAGAUCAGACAUGCCAGGCCUGGCCGCGUUGAUAAACUCUUUGAAUUUGGGAGGAAAUGUGGUAAGACAUCGUUUGGCUUAUCGGUGACUGAUCAGAAAGACGACGUGAUGUUCUAAAAUUUGCUGUCGGAAGUAUUCAAACUUCAAAAGUUCAGCAUCGUCUUCGCUUCUAUCGUGGCUCUAGAACUCCCUUUUUGCACGUCGUGAGACAGACUUGUUUGAUACUAAUUUCUGUUAGAAUCAUUCCGAUGUGUCAAGAGAGGCCCCUCCAUCUCAAAUAUCAAAGUUUUGUUUAAAUUGAGAAGCUGAUGAGCUUGAUGCUGUCAUGAGAGCGGCGGCGGCGGAAACGCGGAAGGAAAGACACAAGAAGUCAUCGUGUCUGUUCUGAAUAAUGUAACAAGACGAGUAGAAGUCAGUCGGCGGCGUCUUGUUUGACAUUCUAUGGAUAAAUGUUAGAUAAUGAGUAUAAAGUGACGACGACGACAGAGCAGAGGACUGAUGACGGGCGCAAAUCCUUCCGUUUGCCCACAAAAUGCAAUUAUCAUAUCGAAUUUCAUUUCGUUUCUUAAAUUGUGAUGCAUGUGCGCAUGAUCAACACGUUUUCAUAUAUAUUUGAUACUUUUGGAGAAAUGUGGGAGAGUCCCUGAGAACAAUAGCAUUCGAGCCUAGUCUAUAAUGGGACAUGGAAAAAAGAACACUGUAUCAUUGUGCGUCGGUCCCUCGGCGGUUCAUCCAUUUUUGAUGUUUGUUAGUCGAAACAAUUUUGUCCGCAACAAAGGCAAUAAUUUCUCUCUUUUUCGUCGUCUUAUGCGUCGGAUGUGAAGGGGCGGCAAUUCGUCGUCGCUCAUCUUAUCCAUUCGAAUAGAUCAGAUUUUUCAAUUUUGCGCUUCGACAUUGCACUGCUCACGCACACAUCGCACAACACAUUGUUGGCACAUACAUGUUAUAUGCCGUUUUCCAUUUUCGAUUAAUUUUGCUCAAUGCCAAAACGUGUAUGGAUGUGUCUGUGUGUGUGUGUGCGGCGCACAUAAAAUGAUAUUAGUAGGGCACACAUAAAACGGUGAUCGAAAAGACAUGUCUGAUGACAUCACGCCGACGGAAACACGGGACAGGAUACUGUAGUUACGGGCAAAGGGAAGGUCCCUCAGAAUCUGUUCUUCUUUCUCAGCACAAUUGUUAAAAGCACAUGUUUUGUGCAUAUUUGGGAUGCGCGACGACGUAUUUGCACAUUCUGCGGAUCGGAUGUCACUAUAAUCUCAUCUUGUAAGCGGUUACGCUGCUAUCAAAUUUAUCCCGUAUGUUUCGAACAAUUGCCCCCUCUUUCCAUCUCCAGCACGGGUCUCCGUUUUGUCUCAUUAGAGGAUUGUUUUGACGACAUUUGCUGAGAUCAUACGAACGAUGUGUCCCGGAAGGUUAUGUAAUGGAAUAGUGCGCGAGGAGAAAGCCUUGAUGAGCAGAUAACCCCCUUCUCUUGUGCACAAAGUGUUCUCAUUCAUUCAACAAUUGUUAAUCGUAUGGCCGCCGUGCCACACAUACGUAUUUCAUAAUAGGCAGCUGGUGGCGGGACGUCUUCUUCCGGCCGCGUUUCCCGCCUUUUUUGUGGAUGAGCCGAUGCAAAUGAUAUUCAAAGUGAUUAGUGGGACUAUUAAGAGCCGACGGAUGGGAUGAUCUGGUCGCGAAAGCACUUAGGUUUUGAAUGGACAUGCAAUUGGCUCUUUCUCUCGCCGGCAGCUGGUUCUGGGAAGGGAGAAGCUUGUCUGAAUUGCAGACACCUGUAGUAGUUGGUUUCUGAUCCUUUGUGUCGAUCCCUCCCCGACUGUCCCUCGCGCACAUUGUAUUUUUUCGCUCAAUCCGAAACAGAGGCCAAUCAUCUUCUCAUUAAUUAGUAUGUUGAUGGAAUUGUAGGGACAUGUGUGGAGAGGGAAGGCGCGUUGUAUCACUUAAUGCAUGUUGUCGAACUCGUCAAAGUAUGGUGUAAUGCAUAAAUCGAAUGAACGUGGCGGGGCGAGACGGUGGACCUCUCUCAAGGCACAUGGGAAGAAGAGUGCCCAAAAACACAUAUGACGCGACGAUUCGCUCCAACUGGCAUCCUGUGUCCGUUAUUAUUUGGCAGAGCACUCGCGCACUCAUUUGUUCCGAAACAUGACAAGCACAAUGCGUUUCAGAAGAUAAACAUCGGCACGCUGACUCGUAAUAUGUAAUGAGCAAUUAAGCAGAAAUAGUGGCCAUGCACACGCGUGUUGUAUGCCCAUGUUUUCAAAAUUGCCUAUUCUCAGAGGAAAUGUUAAUUUGUGUGUAUGUGCCCGGCCGACCGCUCCGCCGCGCAGCUUUUCAAUCAAGUGCUCGUCUCCGUUGGACCAUAUUUUUUGUUUCUUGGGAAUAGAUUUCGGAAUGAUUGCUUGCCAAAUGGAAAGAUGGAUUCGAAAUUGAGUCGGCCGCAUUCCUACAGCCAGUCACAAUAAUUGGGUUUCGAAGAGGCCACCAAGUUUUAAAAACGAAAUCCCGAUUUUCCUUUGGGACAUGUUUCGCGGAAUGGGCUCUAACAUAGGAAUGGAAACGAUCAGGUAUCAUGAGACGAUCCCUAGUUCUCUUAAGAUAAAACACUAAAUUUACAUUGUGGCGGCGGCGAUUUGUGUGUCAAUCUUCAAUAUUGAGACAGCCGCACGGACUCUUUGAGUGAUUAGUGCUAGUAACCGAAAUAUGAAGAAGAAGAAGAAGAAAGAGCCGAAUCGCUAUCUCUCAGGUGUCGAGUUGUGGCGGUGGCCUCCACAAAAAGGUGACCAACUGUUGCUGCUCGCGUGCUCUUUUGUUGUGAAUACACGUCGCAAUCAUCAAAUGACACAUUAAUCAUAUCUUGGGGAAUGGGUCGGUCGAUAAAAGAGACGGAUAGAAACUUUUAUCCCUCACCGAAGCCGCCGUUCAACUAUGAUUGAUCGAAGGCCUCCACCAACGUGAGAUAUUUUCAGCCGGCUGCCGCCCCCGCCGCCAGUCCGGAACAGACGUACGCGUCGCAACUCGAACAACUGCAGUCGAUGGGCUUCUCGAACCGCGCAGCUAACCUGGCAGGUACGUAUCAUCGAAUGAUUUGUGUUUCGCAACAUUUUGGAUUUACAGCCCUCACCGCGUCGUUCGGAGAUCUGAACGCGGCUGUCGAACGUCUCCUCAACUCGCCGCAGUAA